AUGAGUGUCUUCGAUCAUUCCUUCAACAAUUCCUCAAGUUGUUUCGGCAUUUGCAAUGAAAGGGGUAUUCGUAUUGCGAACGAUGCUCCCGACCAACAAGAUCUUCAGCAAGCAAAUAGUUUGACAGGCAUGGAUCGUCAAAAGAAACAGGAGAUAGACAAACUACUUGCUGAAGCGAUGAACGCGCUCACUUUUGAAGAACGACAAGAACAGCAAGAGAUACUACAUGGAGUUGAAGCAUCAAUUGCUGAGGAAGCCACCUUCAUUGAAGCUUCGCUUAAAGAUCUAGAAAGUCAUCUUGCAAGCACCAAGUCCGGUAGCGUGUAUGAGAUGGCUGAGGCUAUGGAUUAUGGAUAUGUUAGUGCAAGAGCCUUUCGAGUGAUGUUUCUCAGAGGCAAUCAAUAUGAUGCCAAAGCUGCAGCAGACCAGAUGCUCAAGUUUUUUACGAUAAAGCAGGAACUGUUUGGGAGUGAAAAGUUAGUGAAAGAUAUCACGCUUGAUGAUCUCAAUGAGGGUGAUAUGGCUUGCCUAAAAUCUGGGCGGCUAGAAAUCGCAGGCGAAGACAGGUCUGGUAGACAAAUACUUCUUAAUAUUCCGGGGCUGAGAGAUCUAAAGACUACUCUCCAGAAUGGGCUUCGGUCACGAUAUUACUUCACAAUGAGCAUGUUAGAAUCGGAGGCAAACCAAAUUCGCGGUAUCAUAGCAAUUUUGUACACAGUUGGUAGUAUGAAGGAUAGAUUCGGUGGUAGUGCGUAUUAUCAAAAUGCCAGAGUGGCAGCUGCGAUCCCGACUCGCUUAAUAGCUCUGCAUGUCUGCUCAGACGAUAUGAAGGAGCAUCUCUGUCAUAAUUGUGUCAUCAAAGCAGCUCCAUUGAAACUGAGAGCGAAUUGCAGGUUGCACUUUGGUAGCAACACAGAAUGUUUGUAUCGUCUGUCUACCUACGGAAUCCCACGAAGUUUUCUGCCGAUAGAGCUCAGCACCAACCAGAUCAAUUUGCACCGUCACCUCAAAUGGGUCGAGUCUCGUUUCGAAAUGGGAAAAAGUGACCAUGGUGUGUCAUCGGAAAUUGCUAUACCAAAUGAGCGGAUUGUCUAUCCUACUGAAAAUGACGUUCUUAUCAUUGGUGGCAACAAAAGUAAUAACACGGGAAACAUCCGCCUUCGAGCUCUUGUCAAGGACUUGUCCAAAUCCUAUGAAUUUGGAAGCGUGGAAUCAAGAAAAGCGUUGGUCAACCGUGCCAUACAUUUGGUGCAUGAUUCCGGAGGUCGAUUUCUGAAACAGCGUGAAAGUGAUAUGUGGAGGUGUUUAUCCAAGAGCGAGAUUCGAAAGAUUAUCGCACAAGCAUUCCGCAAUAGCUAUCGCCGGAAAUAG